AUGAUUUUUACGCUCGGAACUGGCGAAUUCCUGCAAUUUUCGUGGGCGGGACCCUUCGGUUUCGUGGGCCACAAUUCGAGCCUCCAAGCGACCGAAACAGCUCUCUUAAUUCACAAAAUGGCCGACCCCCGCGUUGAAGAGAUCGUUGAGGAGGAGACUCCCAAGCAGAUCGUUGAGGAUGCUGGCAGCGACUCCGAGUCCGAGGCUGGCGAGGAGGCCAACAUUCCCGCCGGUGCCGCCGUCACCAUCCACUCCCGUAACGAGAAGAAGGCUCGCAAGGCCAUUGGCAAGCUCGGCCUGAAGCACGUUCCCGGCAUCACUCGUGUCACUCUCCGCAGACCCAAGAACAUCCUCUUCGUCAUCAACCAGCCCGAUGUCUACCGUUCUCCCUCCAGCAACACCUGGAUCAUCUUCGGUGAGGCUAAGAUCGAGGACCUGAACUCCCAGGCCCAGGCUUCUGCUGCUCAGCAGCUCGCCGCUGCCGAGGCUGCCGCUGGUGAGCACGCUGGUCACGACCACGACCACGACCACGACCAUGACCUCGGCACCAAGGUCCCCGAGGCCGAGACCAAGAAGGAGGAGGAAGAGGAUGAUGGCGAGCCCGUCGACGAGACCGGUCUUGAGACUAAGGACAUCGAGCUCGUCAUGGCUCAGGCCAACGUGUCGCGCAAGAAGGCUGUCAAGGCUCUUCCCCUGCUGGCAGGAUGGCUUUGGUCUUUGCACGUUGAACUCCCCUCUCCCACCGAUAUCCCUCCAAUCCACACUUCAAAAUGGCCGCCGUAUCGCAGCGCCGCUCUUAAGAUUGACUGGGUCAAGGUGACCAGCUCCCUCGGCCUCCGCGGUCAGACCGCUGCCUCUCUCCAGGCUUUCAAGAAGAGGAACGACGAUGCCCGUCGCAAGGUUCAGCUUCUGUCCGAACAGCCCCAGGCUAUCGACUUCGCCCACUACCGCAAGGUCCUGAAGAACCAGGCCAUCAUCGACGAGAUCGAGAACCAGUUCAAGACCUUCAAGCCCGCUACCUACGAUGUUUCCCGUCAGCUGAAGGCCAUCGAUGCCUUCGAGGCCCAGGCUGUUCAGAGUGCUGAGGAGACCAAGGGCAAGGUUGAGGCUGAGCUCCGCAACCUUGAGAAGACCCUCGAGAACAUCGAGACCGCCCGGCCAUUCGAUGAGCUCACUGUGGAUGAGGUUGCCUCUGCCCAGCCCGAGAUUGAUGAGAAGACCGCCUCUAUGGUCAGCAAGGGCCGCUGGAUGCCGGCUGGUUACAAGGAGCGCUUCGGCGAUAUGUCUGUUGUUUAA